UCAAUGAGCGAAGGCAAGUGAGAUCAGGUGGGACCAUUCUAGCCAAUGAGAGGGCAGAUAUGCAUGUGAACAUCAGGCACAACUAAGUCGUUUUUCUCAAAGUUGCCGGAAUGCCGCGUGUAUCCACUUAUAUCAAUACAUUUGUAACAGGCUAAACAUUCCGAAACUUAUAUUCGAUAAAAUAAGCAUCACACUCAUUCGACACACUCAUAGACCUCCAUACAAAAAAAGGCUUAUCUCAUGUGGACAGAUUUUGGGCAGAGUAAAUCCUCUUGCUUCUCCUCUUCCUCUCUGCUGGCGGCCAUAAGACAUCGCUGUACGUGGAAUCAGUGGAGGAGUCCGCCAUAAAAACCACAGAAGAAGAGGAAGGGAAAAAGAAAAAGAAAAAGAAAAAUACAUCAGUGGAUGAGACCGUUGAGGAGUAAGGACGUUACAACGUGGCUGAACGUCUCUUUUGCUGUAGCAAGACGCGUUUCUCACGCCUAUAUAUUUCUCUCUCUCGACGACUGCCACUAUUUAAGUGGAUAUAAUAUUGUAUUUUAAUGGUGUGAAGAUGGCCAUACGGCCGGGGACAGAGGACGCAACGUUAAUCUCACCAACGCUUCUCCAAGAUUUCGGCGUUAAUCAGUAUCUGAACGCCGGGGACGUGAACAUGGAUAUCGCCGAUGGAGCAGAGGAGCUUUCCUUGGAGGAAAUCUUAUCGCUGUACAGCCAGCCGAUCAAUGAAGAGCAGGGAUGGGCUGUUUGUUACCAAUGUUGCAGAACUUUGGCUCAGAACCACCGGAGGAGAAAUUCCAAGACUUCUGGCGCUUCAGUUGGGGAUUUUGCGAGAAGGAUUGACGGACCUGGGGAUGUACGGAUUCUGAGAGAUGGAACAGUUAAAUUGCACCACCAAGACAGCACAGAUAAAUACAGACCUCCCAACACGUCCUUAGAGGUGAUUGAGUCUCUGGGCAUCAUGAUCUACAAGGCGUUGGACUACGGUCUGAAGGAGACUGAGGAGCGAGAGCUCAGUCCGCCUCUGGAGCAACUCAUAGACAUGAUGACCAACAUGACGGAGAUGGAGAGGGACAGUGACCCCUGCCCUGAUGAAGGUUACGAGGCCACCGAGGAGGAAGAUGAGGAAGAGCCUAACACCGUCUGUAAUGUUAAAGGAUUCAGAGACAUCAUCAUGCUGUGUACGUCCCACCUGCCCAGGCCCUCUGAUGCCCCUAACCACUACCAGGCGGUGUGUAGGGCGCUCUACGCAGAGACCAGGGAGCUGCGCACCUUCCUGGAGAAGAUCAGGAGUGCCAAAGAGAACCUGCUGCGGAUGGAGGGAGACACUGGAGAGGAACCAGUCAGAGAUCUCAACGAGCUACAGAACGCUGACUGGGCUAAGUUCUGGAUGCAGGUGAUGGGUGACCUGCGUAACGGGGUCAAGCUGAAGAAGGUCCACGAGAGACAGUACAACCCUCUAUCUAUAGAGUUCCAGCUCACACCCUACGAGAUGCUGAUGGAUGACAUCCGCUUCAAACGAUACAAACUACGGAAAGUCAUGCUGAAUGGAGACAUCCCUCCCAGGUUAAAGAAGAGUGCUCAUGAGAUCAUCCUGGACUUCAUACGCUCCAGACCACCUCUCAACCCUGUUUCUGCCAGGAAGCUGAAGCCUCUUCCUGCGAGGCCGCGGAGCCUCCAUGAGCGCCUCCUAGAGGGCAUCAAACAGGAGAGGAAGCUACGGCCUGUAUCACCUGACAUGAUCCGACGCAACCGCCUGGACCUGUCCACUCCAGAUGCCCCCAGGAAGCACGGCGCCAGCACCCCGUCCCCGUCCCCGUCCUGGCCACCAGCUCACGGGAUGGGAGGGACUCUGGGUCAGAGGAAGAGGCUGCUGAAGGCGCCCACGCUGGCUGAACUGGAAAGCUCAGAGUCUGACGAUGAGCCCAGUCUCAGCUCCUCCAUGUUGGACGCCUCGUCUCCUGAAUCUGUCCUGGGGAAGAACACACCCCCCAGGUUCCUGCCCAUCACCGUGUCGUCGCCCCCCCAGCCUGACAGUCUCCCCUCCCCUCAGAGGAGACACUGCAUUGAGAAGGAGACCCCCACCAGCGUACGACCCUUCACAGCCCCCAACAGACAGAGCUCCAAGUCUCUGGUGGAAACCCCCAGCGGCGGUGCUAAGGUGGAGGAGAUCUGCUAUCCUGUAGAGUGUAUGGCUCUAACAGUAGAAGAAGUGAUGCACAUCAGACAGGUUCUGGUCAAAGCUGAGCUGGAGAAGUUCCAACAGUACAAAGACAUCUACGACGCGUUGAAGAAAGGAAAGCUGUGUUUCUCCUGUCGGACUAAACGGUUCUCCUUCUUCACCUGGUCCUACACCUGCCAGUUCUGCAAAAGGCCUGUGUGCUCCCAGUGCUGUAAAAAGAUGAGGCUUCCCUCCAAGCCGUAUGCCAACCUGCCCAUCUCCUCUCUGGGACCUCCUACCACCACCACCCUACCCAGGGAGGAGGAGGCCGGAGGGACAUCAGCCUUGGACACCCCAGAGAAGCCCUCGUCCAGCCAUCACCACAGUCUUAGUCUGCGCCGGUCCGUCUCCAGGUUAUCCAAACGCAAAAGUGAGGGGUCUCGUGACGAGCCAGACCUGGAUCUUCCCAUGGAGCUGACAGAGGACUGGUGUACCAUGGAGCUGACAGAGGACUGGUGUACCAUGGAGCUGACAGAGGACUGGUGUACCAUGGAGGUCUGCAUCGACUGCAAGAAGUUCAUCUCUGAGAUCAUCUCCAGCAGCAAGCGCUCUCUGGCCACCAAGCGAGCCCGUCUGAAGAGAAAGACCCAGUCCUUCUACAUGUCUUCAGCUAACACAGACGACUACAGACCCUCUGAGAGGACCGUCAACGAGGUUUAGACUACAGACCCUCUGAGAGGACCAUCAACGAGGUUUAGACUACAGACCCUCUGAGAGGACCGUCAACGAGGUUUAGACUACAGACCCUCUGAGAGGACCAUCAACGAGGUUUAGACUACAGACCCUCUGAGAGGACCAUCAACGAGGUUUAGACUACAGACCCUCUGAGAGGACCAUCAACGAGGCUUAGCGUUAGACAGAUGUUCAGUCCAUGAGUUGUGGAAGAGACAGCAUGGGUUCUCUUCCCCAAACCCCUAGUCUCAGGAACGAUUGGAUUGGUGUAUUGCUGCAGCUGUGGACGGACGACUAGCUAGCCGUUGACAGGAAAACUCACUCACAGUAUAAUAGGCCAUGAAUAAAGUGUCUGCCACAGGAUUGAUGAGCUAUUAGAAUACUGAACCAUGUCUUAUUCUCUCACGUUAUGUGAUUAACCCUAAUAUACUGAACAACAAUAUAAAGCAACUGAGUUACAGUUCAUAUAAAGAAAUCAGUCAAUUGAAAUAAAUUCAU